AUGCGGAACAACCUGUAUCUGCUGGUGCUGGACGAACCGAGCAACUUCUUGGACCGCGACAGCCUGGGCCGGUUGGCGGUGAUGAUCUGUGGUUUAACCCAGCUUCUUCAACCGGUUAGGGGCACAAGCUGGGAAACAGGUUCGGUCCUGGACGGUGUUGAAGACGGCAUGGGCCUGGCCGCGGCGGUCGCUCUGUAUAAGGGCUUGUUGGAAGACUUGGCCGCCUUGGGAGCCGUCAUCGACGGCGGUGCGGACACCAGACUCGGACUCGUCAGGCCGCUCGGGAGACAUUUCUGCCAUGGACCCCGAAAGAGUUCAAGGUGCUACCUCGAGGUGGCACUGGCCGACGGCUCGGGCACGCCAUCCAUUAUCACGCCGCACACCAAGAGCAACAUCGCCUCAAUCUGCCGCAACGAGUCCGUCGGCCCGGCCGUGCUCGAUCUCGAAUUCACCAGCGUCACGUCGCGGGACUUCUUCGUCAACCUGCGCCAGCUGUCGGCCAAGGUCGACAUAGACACCACCCUUCCCCUCGUCAGAGCCGCCCAGAACGAGCGACUCGGUACAGCCCAGUCGUCUAUCCCCGACGAUGUCAUCCGGGCCAUGCUCAAGACCGACAAGUUCUCCAACGUCACCAUCCGGGCCGGCAAGCGCAAGAAGGGCGGCAGGAGAUCACGAGAGCCUCGCGAGCCCAGCCACGAUGACGAUGAUGGCGACGACAACGACGACAGUAUCCUCCUUAAACAUGGCGCGCUUCCCAGCGACCACCACCGGUCGCUCAAGGGCAAGGGGACCGCUCCUCAUGUCCAUGCCACCACGAGCAGCGUCUCCGAGGAUGCGACCGGCGGCCCUCGCCCCACCAGCUCCCAGCACAAUGACGACAACUCCGAGGAGGAUAUCGAGGUCGGCGACGGAGACGGAGACGGGGACGGACACGACGGUGAUGAUGGAGACAUUGGAUUCGACGUGCUGCCCCGGGACAGCAGUGGCGCGUUCGACACAAGCCAGCAGCUCCUCCCGCCGACCAAACCGCACAGGGAGCUUUUGCGAGCGUGGCUCCACUUCGACCCAGCCAGCAAUCCCCAGUCCGACACCCGGCUCAGCCCUGAACGGUGGCUUGACGACUGCCUUAUCGACGCUAGUCUCCGGCUCCUCAACCUCGUCUCGUCGACCAAGCUGGCCUGUCUCAGCCCCCUGCUCUGCUGCCCAGACGCACAAGACACGCCCCUCCUGUCCUUCGCUGCAAUCACCAUCGAAUCUGGCACUGCGACCCUUAUCCUGUUGCCUCUUCACCUCGCCGACGCAAACCACUGGGUCCUCGCCGCCGCACUGCCCUCCAAGAAGGCAUCGCCAUCUACAACCCCCUCCCCAGCACCGGCACCGGCAUCGGGACCAUCCCAGCCAACAUCCACACCGCCGUCUCCCUCAUCAUGGGCCGCCGACUCGCUCUCGCCCCGCUGGCAUCCUGGCCCCUCCGCGCCAUGGCCUGUCCGCAUUAGCAGACCCCAGACGACUGCGGCGUCUACCUCCUCGCCAUCGCCGCCCACCUCAUCGCCAGCCGCAGCCUCUCGCAGCAUCUCAACGCCGCGCUCUAGCGCACCAUCUUUGCACGCUUGCUACGUCUUGAUCCUUGGAGCGGCAGCAUCCUCGCCGGCAGUGGCCUUGUCCCACCCCUCGACGCAACCCCUAUCUCCAGCCAGGCAGAUGCAAAUCCCCCGUGGCCCCAGCAUCCGCAGCCACCGCCCCCGCCGCCCACCACCCUCGCCACCCUAG